AGUCCUUUCCAUUACAACAAACUUACUACGCUACUUCUUUUUGCAACAUGACUACUGCAGCGCGUCCCACCUGGAAUCCAGCAGCAGGAGGUCAUAGUCUGCGUGAUACGAACGCUGCACCAUCCUCCCUUGUCAGUAGCAGAGACCUUGCCACGCAGACCAAGCUCAAGCUACGUCAACCGGGUCAGAAUGCGCCUGAAGAUAUCGAUGCGCAGCUUUUGAAGGAGCGAUUGGAGCAGAAGGAGAGAGAGCAUUUUGAGAAGACGAGAGGGGAGAAGAGAAGGGAUGUGGAAUUUGAAGAGGAAACUGUGAAACGAAUGCGAGUCGAACAUAUAGACGCAGACGAUUCUGAUGAUGACGAUGAUGAUGCUGACGGUUCCGCAAGCGAGGGUGCAGAGAGCGAAUCGGAUUCUGAUGACAAUGAUGAUGACGACGAAGCCGAACUUCUCCGCGAGCUCGAGAAAAUCCGCAGAGAACGAGCAGAAGAGAAGGAGCGGCUUGAGCAGGAACGCCUAGCAGAGGAAGAACUCAAACGGGAGGAGGAGGCUUUGACUGGAAAUCCACUAUUGCAGCCUUUGGCCAACAAGGAUUUCUCUGUGAAGCGACGUUGGGACGAUGAUGUUGUGUUCAAAAAUCAGGCGAAAGGGGUGGACGAGAAUCCGAAGAAAAGGUUUAUCAACGAUGUAUUGCGAAGUGAUUUCCAUCGCAAAUUUAUGAGCAAAUACGUCAAAUAGCGGGAGGUGUUAAUAUUAUUCUUUCUAUAACUUAUUGUACAAA